CCCCAACUCUUUUCAAAAUUUAGUCGACAUUUAAACUGAAUGGCUCUCCGGCUACCGCCGACUCCUUUCCCUCAUUUCUCCGUCAAGCGCCGAUCAUCUUCCUUCCUUCCGUUUCCCAAGUUUUCCGUCCAGAAUCUCUCUUCUGGCUCCAAUACCGACAACUCACUCAAGCUAGUAACGAAGGUGAAAGAGAAGCUUGAGAAAGAUCAUUUCAGUCUCCCUACAGGAAAAAAUGGUAGAGAUGAUGAGGAGUUGAUUCUCUGGUUUCUCAAGGACCGGCGGUUUUCAGUAGAAGAGGCUGUUUCCAAACUCACUAAAGCAAUUAAAUGGCGAGAAGAAUUUGGUGUGUCAAAACUUUCAGAAGAAUCAGUGAGAAGAGCAGCUGCAACAGGAAAGUCCUAUCUUCAUGAUUCACUUGAUGUACAUGGCAGGCCAGUAUUAGUAGUAGUGCCAUCAAAACAUUUCCCAGAGAUGCUUGAUCGUUCUGAGGACGAGAGGUUAUGUGUGUUUCUGCUAGAGAAGGCAUUAAGUAGACUCCCGGAUGGGAAAGAAGAAAUACUUGGUGUAUUUGAUCUUCGUGAGUUCGGUGUGAAGAAUGCAGAUCUUAAAUUCUUGACAUUCUUGUUUGAUGUGUUAUAUUACUAUUACCCAAAGCGGCUGGGGCAAGUUCUAUUCGUUGAUGCUCCUUUCGUAUUUCAGCCAAUUUGGCAGCUCGCCAAGCCCUUAAUAAAGUCAUAUGCUUCUCUGGUAAAGUUUUGCUCGGUGGAGGAUGUGAGAAAGGAGUAUUUUACAGAAUCGACAGUUCCAGCAAGCUUUAGGCGUUGACAACAACGCUAUUCCAACACCUCGACAUAUAGAAAUAUCAUUCCAGGUUCCAAAAUGCUUCGCGUUCUUGUGUUGUUUACAUCUAUUUCAAGAUCAGCAGCCCGCCCUUACUUAUUCUUCUUGCUUUGUUUACGGCUAUAUUCGCAAGCUCAUCACCCCCUCCCCCCACAAACACCCCACCACCACAAAAAGCCAAAAACAGUAUGCUCUGAGCAAAUUAAAAGGAUGCAGCUCAAUUUGAUUGCCCUAACACAUAAAACACACACACACACACACACACACCAUUUUCAUGUUCUUCUUUCUAAUAGAGUUCCACAUGAACAGUGAAAUUUGUACUAACCAAUAUGUUAAUUUUAUCAUAUGAGUCUAUGAUAAUGUUUGUUCCACUGA